CGUCCGCCCCCUGGGCCUGGCGGUCGCGCCUGCGCACUAGCUGCUGGCCGGGCGCUCGCAGGGGGAGCUGCUGCAGGCUCCGCAGCGGCGGCGGCAACGGAGGCGGCGGGGGCGACGGUGCGAGCGGCCGGGCUUGGGGGGGGAGCCGAGCCCGGCCCGGGAGCCCGAGGAGGUAGGGCCCGGGCUACCUAGGCCCCUCACGCUGGAUUCCACAGACUCUGGGCCGCCUGACCUCCGCACGGGUAUAUGGGAUGGAAGCGGGACCCUCGGGAGCAGCUGCGGGCGCCUACCUGCCCCCUCUGCAGCAGGUGUUCCAGGCACCUCGCCGACCGGGCAUUGGCACUGUGGGGAAACCAAUCAAACUCCUGGCCAAUUACUUUGAGGUGGAUAUCCCGAAGAUUGAUGUAUACCAUUAUGAGGUGGAUAUCAAACCAGAUAAAUGUCCCCGAAGAGUCAACCGGGAAGUGGUGGAAUACAUGGUCCAGCAUUUCAAGCCUCAGAUCUUUGGUGAUCGCAAGCCUGUAUAUGAUGGAAAGAAGAACAUUUACACUGUUACAGCACUGCCCAUUGGAAAUGAACGAGUUGACUUUGAGGUGACUAUCCCUGGAGAAGGGAAGGAUCGGAUAUUCAAGGUUUCCAUCAAAUGGCUUGCCAUCGUGAGCUGGCGUAUGCUGCAUGAGGCCCUAGUCAGCGGCCAGAUCCCUGUUCCGCUGGAGUCUGUGCAAGCCCUGGAUGUGGCCAUGAGGCACUUGGCAUCCAUGAGGUACACCCCAGUGGGCCGCUCCUUCUUCUCACCGCCUGAGGGCUACUACCACCCGCUGGGGGGUGGGCGCGAAGUCUGGUUCGGCUUUCACCAGUCUGUGCGCCCUGCCAUGUGGAAGAUGAUGCUCAACAUUGAUGUCUCGGCCACUGCCUUCUACAAGGCGCAACCAGUGAUUGAGUUCAUGUGUGAGGUGCUGGACAUCAGGAACAUAGAUGAACAGCCCAAGCCCCUCACAGACUCUCAGCGUGUGCGCUUCACCAAGGAGAUCAAGGGCUUGAAGGUGGAAGUGACCCACUGUGGGCAGAUGAAGAGGAAAUACCGAGUAUGUAAUGUUACCCGACGCCCUGCGAGCCAUCAGACGUUUCCCUUGCAACUGGAGAGUGGACAGACUGUGGAGUGCACAGUGGCACAGUAUUUCAAGCAGAAAUAUAACCUUCAGCUCAAGUAUCCCCACCUGCCCUGUCUGCAAGUUGGCCAGGAACAAAAGCAUACCUACCUACCCCUAGAGGUCUGUAACAUUGUGGCUGGGCAGCGGUGCAUCAAGAAACUGACAGAUAACCAGACAUCAACCAUGAUAAAGGCUACAGCUAGGUCGGCUCCUGACAGACAGGAAGAGAUCAGCCGACUGAUGAAGAAUGCCAGCUAUAACCUAGAUCCCUACAUACAGGAAUUUGGGAUCAAAGUGAAGGACGAUAUGACGGAGGUGACAGGGCGCGUGCUGCCGGCGCCCAUCUUGCAGUACGGCGGCCGGGUGAGCAGGAACCGGGCCAUUGCUACACCCAAUCAGGGUGUCUGGGACAUGAGGGGGAAACAGUUCUACAAUGGGAUUGAGAUCAAAGUCUGGGCCAUCGCCUGCUUCGCACCCCAAAAACAGUGCCGAGAAGAGGUGCUCAAGAACUUCACAGACCAGCUGCGGAAGAUUUCCAAGGACGCAGGGAUGCCCAUCCAGGGCCAGCCUUGCUUCUGCAAAUAUGCACAGGGGGCAGACAGUGUGGAGCCCAUGUUCCGGCAUCUCAAGAAUACCUAUUCAGGGCUGCAGCUCAUCAUCGUCAUCCUACCAGGAAAGACGCCAGUAUAUGCUGAGGUGAAACGUGUUGGAGAUACACUCUUGGGAAUGGCUACACAGUGUGUACAAGUGAAGAACGUGGUCAAGACUUCACCUCAGACUCUAUCCAAUCUCUGCCUCAAGAUCAAUGUCAAACUUGGUGGCAUCAACAACAUCCUUGUCCCACACCAGCGCUCUGCUGUUUUUCAGCAGCCAGUGAUAUUCCUGGGAGCAGAUGUUACACACCCCCCAGCAGGAGAUGGGAAAAAGCCUUCUAUCACAGCAGUUGUAGGCAGUAUGGAUGCUCACCCCAGCCGUUACUGUGCUACUGUGCGGGUUCAGCGACCGCGGCAGGAAAUCAUUGAAGACUUAUCUUACAUGGUGCGAGAGCUGCUCAUUCAGUUCUACAAGUCCACCCGUUUCAAGCCUACUCGCAUUAUCUUCUACCGAGAUGGGGUUCCUGAAGGCCAACUUCCUCAGAUCCUUCACUAUGAGCUGCUGGCCAUUCGUGAUGCCUGCAUCAAAUUGGAGAAGGACUACCAGCCUGGGAUCACAUAUAUUGUGGUGCAGAAACGCCAUCAUACCCGCCUUUUUUGUGCUGACAAGAAUGAGCGAAUUGGGAAGAGUGGUAACAUUCCAGCUGGGACCACUGUGGACACCAAUAUCACCCAUCCAUUUGAAUUUGACUUUUAUUUGUGCAGCCACGCAGGCAUCCAGGGUACCAGCAGACCAUCCCAUUACUAUGUCCUUUGGGAUGACAACCGUUUCACAGCAGAUGAGCUCCAGAUCUUGACAUACCAGUUGUGCCACACUUAUGUACGAUGCACACGCUCCGUCUCUAUUCCAGCACCUGCCUAUUACGCCCGCUUGGUGGCUUUCCGGGCACGGUACCACCUGGUGGACAAGGAGCAUGACAGUGGAGAGGGGAGCCACAUAUCAGGGCAGAGCAAUGGGCGGGACCCCCAGGCCCUGGCCAAAGCUGUGCAGGUUCAUCAGGAUACUCUACGCACCAUGUACUUUGCUUGAAGGCAGAACGCUGUUACCUCACUGGAUAGAAGAAAGCUUUUCAAGCCCCAAGAGCUGUGCCGCCCAAAUCCAGAGGAAGCAGGGAAGAUGGAGGUGGGGUAGGGAGGAGUACAGAAGGCCUUGAUUCCUUCUCAGAGGGGACUAACAGGUGGGGAGCAAGGCCUGUAAGUCAGACCACCAGCCAGAAAUCUCUGAUAUCCACCUCAUGCCCCCCCACACCCCUCACCGCAUCUUGUCACAUCUGGCCCUGACCCCACUGGACCAAGAGGGGCAGCACCGGUGCCCACCAUACACACAGGUGUCUCAUGUGACUCACAGUGCUAAAGACUCAUGCCUGACAGCUUGGUAAGGUUGGUUGUGCAGCCCUGCGGACAAAAGCUGGUAGGUUUGAGUUUGAUAUAUUAGAUGGGAAAAUGAGGGGCUUGAGGCAGCGGGUAGGAGGAGAGGAUGAUUUUUUAGGAGCCUUAAUCAGAAAAGGUCUAGAUUUGUUUAAGAAGAAAAAUGAAACCAGACCCAGAUUGAUAUUUUAGGAUACUAGAUGUUUUAAUGGUGUGAGAAUCAAGUUUAUAGGAAGAUUUUUAAUGCUAAUGGUUUUGGUUCCUCUUCCCCCAGCUGCCACUUCCUUUACCCUUAAUUCCUUUCUCCCCACCUUUUCUACCCCUCCUCCUUAGACCUCCUCCCUGGCAGACACCCAGCCCUAUGGCACUAUGGCACUUAGCUCUGAAGUGACAUGACCCUGUCUUCCUUCCGCCUGCUGGUGGGCAACCAGUGCCUUCCCUGUAAUGGUAAUGCUGCAGAACUGCAACCUUUUGUACCUUUCUUGUGAGGGUGGGGGUAGGGUGGGGAGGGGUGGGGAGGGAGAGAGGAGGUAGGUGGGGGAUAAGCCUAACUCAACAGGUUUCCAGCUAUUUUGCAUUUGAAGGAUUUGACUUCCACAUUCAUUAAGCUUUUUUAAAAGACCACAACCUCAGAUGGUUAAAAAUCCAUUGACAUUUGCACUUUCAGACAUAACAAGUCUCCAAGCUGCUGAGAUGACUGACCCCUGGUCUUUCCACUUAGGUCUCCUUUUUCACUGUCCUCCCUCCUCCCCAACCUUCCUGGGUCUGGAGUUACUUGAGUAGAAUUUCUCACUGUUGGGAUUCCCCCUCCCCCAAGGGUCAAAUCUCUUAUGCUUCAAUAUUUCUUAACUGGGGUAUCAUAUAACAAAAUCCUGAAGUAAAACGAGCAAAAUCUAAAUGUUAUUUUUAUACCAUAACUUGAGUCUAUUGCCAAAAUCUGCAAAUCCUUCCCAUGCCUGAUGAGUUUACAUCGCAGAAACAUUGAGCCAUCAGAAGGAACUUUACUUGUUCUUUGGCUUGACUUGGAAAGAGGUGGUUAUCUCUCAAAGGUGGGACUCAGGCUCCACUCUUCCUCUGUGUAGAAAAAUACCUUUUCUUACUAUAAUUCCUUCCUCUGCACUGCCCUGCGCUCUUCUAUACAAGUGCAUUUUUCCUUCCUCUGAACUGUCCUCUAACAUGUCGGCGCAUCCCAAACUCUAAUGUGUCCUGUGGACAGGCUGAGAUAUUUUGCUGCUCCCCGAUUGCUUCUGUUUACAGAAAUGAAUUUCUCCUGGUUUCCUACUAGGGCAUGUAAGUGGGUGGCAUGGGAUUUUUCCCCCCCCUUCUCCUCUCGCCUAGAUAGAGAGAAGGGUUUGACUGUUCUGCAGAACUGGAAAAGUACGGGGUUCUGGCUUGGUGCCUGUUGGCCUUGAAGCAGGACCCCGUCUUUUCAUGACUGUUUGUUGUAUCCUGUCCCACUUCUUGGGAUUAGGAGUUGCAGUUUCCAUGUAGAAACUUCUCUUUUUGAGGAGCCUAAAUUUCGGUUUGCCCCCAAAUGGUGAUGAAGCCAUGUCACUUUAGGCCUGUCCCUGACUUGGAGGCCUGCUGGAGGAAGCCCUGAAUCCUGACCUGUGCAGUUAGAGCCACCAUUUCCCCUUUUCCUGCAACCCAUGUACAGACUCAGAUUUGCUAUGCAAAACAGACUAUCCCAGGUUGGGUUCUGGUUGGCUACUUUGUUCAAUGAGUUCACAAAAUGUAGCACAAACACUGACUAUAGUGAAGGCAUUGGGACUGUUGAGUAAUUCCUCCUUUACCCCUUUCCUGCCACCUACAGCAUAGGGUUCCCCCUGGGCCUAGCCCAGCUGAAGAACAGAACAGAGGGCUCUAGGAGGGGGUGACUCACUGGAGAGCCUACAUUCCUUACACAAGUGCCUACAGAGAGUGAUGCCAACACUCCAUCUGCCCUGUUCAUUGCCUUCAUAUACUGUCUACUUCGUGUUCAGUCACCCUUUGGAGAGAGGAGCUCUUGGGACAGCGGGCUCUGCACAUUCUCUUCUUGGGUACAUUUUAGGACUGGUAUCAGGGCACUAUUCCUGGAGGGUCCAGUCAUUCACCAGCAUUUGCAAAUGUCAAUAGGGAGCUGGUAGUAGCUACCAGCUCAGCAACAAAUGUGUGUUCUCUCCUUUUCUUUCCUUGCUCUACUUUCCUCGUUUGAAUUUUAGCUGGAAUUUGAAAUACAUUUUUUAGCCCUCUGGCAGUGUGCAUGCCAUUCAAGAAAUAAAAGCAAGACAGGCAGCUUGGGCAACGUCAAGGAAAUAAACUGCUUAGAUUUUUUUAUUUAUAUAUAUUUUAAUUUUUGAGACUUGAAAAAUACUUUUGACCUUGAGGAUCAUUGCUUGCAAGGUGGUGCAUGCAGAAUAAGAAGUGAUAAUGGCAAUAAGCUUUGGCUUUCUUGGCUUGGUUUAAGUGGUGCUUCUUACUUAAACUCCGAGAAAGCUAUGGGGAGACCCUGGCCUCAUUCUCUUUGACAGAUCCCUUGCUCCCUUCAUUCCACUCUUGUCUUCCAUUUCCUUUUCAGUCUCUCCCUGGCUUCCUUGUCUUUUUUCUAUUUACUCAGCUUGCUUGCUGGCCUGCUGACCUGUUGGCCUGUCUGCCUAUGUGAUGAUGAAUUCUCUGCAUGGCUACAAUGAUCCCACUGUUAGCUGGCAAGGUCAGACUUUAGCACCUUGACUGCAGAAAACAAAGCAUCUGUUCCUCAAAACUAGUGAUCCUGUCUGGGUUGGGCUAUCCUCAGACUUACACAAGGAUGGAGCCAGCAGAUCUGCCUAACUAGCAUGCAAUCAGGAGGACUGGUGGCAACUUCCAUACCUUUCCACCCCUUGGAGUUGGUUUCCUUUGUUGCUAUUUCUGGAUCUGGUUCUAGUUCUCUGUGGACCUUCAUCUAUGGGGGUGUCCCAAGGAUAUGUGAGAUAGGAAGACUAGGGAAUGGAGAUGGGAUGAGAAGAGAAUGAUGGAAAGACAAUGGAAAGAUAAAAAGUAGGAAAGGAGAACACUGCUCACUAAUAAUUUUUCCAGUCCAGCCUGAGCCAUUAGGGGUUGAGGUGCUACUAAUAGUCUCUGGGGACAAGUCUGGGGCUGUUAUUGCUGAGAAUUUAGACUUCGAAUAAUGCAGAAGAAAGUACCCACAAGUGUGAAACCUCCCCUCUAAUCUCAAUCUCCUGGUUCCCACCUACUAGAUAGCUUCCCCUGUAGCGUCUUCUUUGGCCACACCACAAUGUCCUUUGAUAGGUUUCCCUUUCUCCUCUAUAGUUCCACACAUGAGGCUAGCACCCAAUGUGGGCAGCCAUAGGGAGGGAGGGAUACAUGGACUUAUUAGCUGGCCCAUGGGGUGUCUGUAAGACUGGUGAGACAGUUUUUAGAUUUGGCAUCAUAUGUGAUCAAGAAGGAUGGAAGUUCCUUCCCCCUCAGGGAGGAAAAGUCAUCUCAAACUAGCCAAAAUACAAUUUUGGAAACUAUAUUGGGGGGAGAAGUGUUUUAUUUAUAUUUACGUGACGUAGGCCAAUCCAGGAUGGUGGCUGGGAUGUCUUCCUUCUUAAAGUCUGAUCAUGGCAGGGAUAUGCAGGGCACUCUUUCCUAUUUGGCCUUCUCAGCUGAUUGAGGAGAAGAGAUAACUGUUUUUCUCUAUCUCCUCAUUUUAAUAAAUGAGGACUUGGCCGUCUCCCAUGGGUCGGGAGAGAGGCUAGGUUGGUGCUCUUCCCUUUAUAUCUACUCCUACUGAUUUAGAACCUCUGGCUGCUGUUCGGGAGCCCAAUCAAGGGAGUGGAAGGAAUGGGCUCAAUACAAAACAAGAAAACCAGAAUAAGGUGGGGAAGGCAGAUUUUUUUUUUUUAAUAUAAAGGAAAAUAGGAAACCCUCCAAGGAUUGUGCAAAUAAAGACAAUGUGUUGAAUGCACUGAGUCCCCUGGUGUAGUAGCAAUAAGGAAAAAUGCAUUAAUUUUCCUGUGCACACAGUCCAAGCUCUUUGGUGUGUGAUGUUGCACUUAGCAGCCAUCUGGUGGGCAUGUGUGACUACUCUGGGUUCCACUUUAGUUUCUAAACUUUUUAUCCCUCUGAAGUUCAGCAUGGAUGGGGGAAUGUUCCUGGAGCCCCAAAGCUGUAUACUUGUUUGCAUUUGUUUCCCCUUGAGACUUGUGUUUGUGUCUUGCUUUGAGCUGUACCUUGUCCAGUCCAUUGUAAAAUUACUCCAACAGUGGUAAUGUACAGUUCCUUCUGAAACAAGCAAAAGCAGCAGCACAACUCUGUUUUAUAAAGACAACAGUGGCUUCUAUUUCUAAAA